GUAGCACCGGCCUUUGUUGCCCGUGAUUCCCUAUCCUGAUGCCAUCUCCCCCCUGUCUCAGGACUGGGCCGGUUUUGGGUCCUGUGAGCAAGACAGCACAGAGCCAGACUGAACUAAUUGUGAACGAUGUGAUAUCGAAACCAAAUUUAUAUGAUGAAAACCCAGAUCUGGGUUUGAGAGAGAAGAAGAAGGCUGACGACAGUAGUAGCAAAAGGUUUGGCGUGAACGAUGACAAGAUUGAACAAGGCACUGUCACCUAGAGGAACGAAGAAGUGAUCGAGCGUCCACUCCAGAUCUGGGUUUGCAGAAGAAAGGGAAAGGAAAGGUGAAGGAGAGAGAGUGAAAGGGGAAGAAGAAAUUUUUUUUUUUCUG